AUGAUCAUCAAGGUAAAGACCCUGACCGGUAAAGAGAUCGCUGUUGAGCUGAAAAGUGAAGAUCCAGUUUACCAUAUAAAGGAGCUCUUAGAAGAGAAGGAAGGUAUUCCGCCAUCGCAGCAGAGACUGAUCUUCCAGGGCAAGCAAAUAGACGACCAGCAAACGAUCGGAGCGGCCAAGCUGCUCGACGGCAUGGUUCUGCACCUGGUUCUGACGUUACGAGGUGGCCAUUGA